UAAUAGUCGAGAGCUUCCUUGUACGUGUAAUGGUCGCCCCGCCACUCGACAUCCCUGGCAGGCCGCCGUACAUGGUGUUUCGGCGCGGGUGAGAACUCUGAUGGAAUUCAUCUCCCUUGCUCGUCCCUCCCAUCGCACAUGUCCGUGCGAAGAUGUCUAGCGUUGCCCGUCCGCAGCGAAACCCAAUCAACGCGAAGAUUUAGAAACGUUGGCCGGUAAUAAUAAUGUUGUUACGUAUGCACAGCCCAAAUGUUACCCACAAGAACGCUGACUUUCUGUUAUCGAUUUACGCACAGCUCUAUUCAUUGAGUCUAUUCGCGGGCUGUGUUUUUGCCUCGGUCUGGCCGACUAUCAUCCGCUGGACCGGCGAUACGCCCGUAUUGUACGUCAAUAACCUCCUUUCAGCAGCUCCCUGAUCUGACU